AACCGGAACCUGCGUUGGUGGUUCCCCUGCAGCUGCAUGCUCACAACGAAGGCUAACACGAUUGAGUGUGCCGUGCUUUGGUUUUCGCACAAAUUACACCGAAACCGAACAAACAACAACAACACCGACACACAAGUAGCAGUCUGCACAUGCAAUCGAUCAUAAACCUCCGCACAACGCCGCUAGAUCAGCCAUGACACCAGAAAAUGAGUCUGUUUACGAGGGGGAUACUAUUUCUACCCUCAAGGCGAUGAAGCAACAAGAGCUGAGAUAUGCCUGCAAAGAUUACUGCAUCCUCCAUGCCAGUGACAAGAAUUCGAAAACCCUUCGGGAAGACCGCAAGCUUAUGGUCAAGUGGUGCUACAAUGUAUUGGAUUUCUUCAAUCUUCAUCGAGAGACUGGAGCCAUCGCCAUGGCAUAUGUGGACCGUUAUCUUCAAACUCCAUUCGGUCCAGAGUACCUGCAGGACACGGACAAGUACCAACUUCUUUGUAUCACUUCCCUCUACUUGGCAAUCAAGGUUCACGAAUCACCGACAUUGACACCUGGCGCAUUUGUCGAGAUUGGACGAGGACAUUAUUCAGCUGAUCAAAUAGUAGCACUGGAAAGCAAGAUCCUGGAAGGCUUGCAGUGGCGAGUCAACCCACCGACAGCCCUCAGUUUUGUCCGGCAUUUGUUGGACCUUGUUCCCUCCAUGGCACACGACGACGGUAUCAAAGCUACUGCCUAUAUGCUGGCCAGGGCGCAGACAGAACGAGCAAUUGGUGAGCAAGGGUUGAUGACUGUGGCUCCCUCCAAGAUCGCUUUUGUGGCCGUGCGAAAUGCGCUGGAAGCACUUGGCUACAGUGACUUUCCGCUGUAUGACGCUUGUCAGCACUUCUACUCCAAGCCCUUUCUGUAUCAGGAGGCGCAUGAUUUGCGGCCAAUACUCUAUACUGCCAUCAACUGGGAGAUUGCCAAGAUGGAUCUUGUCCCAAACGAACAGCGAACCUCCAACAACGGCAACAACAACAACCAGCCAGCCCCCAACAAGGCUUCUCGUGAAACGUUUCUAGAGAAUACCACACCGCGUUCUGUGGCAUCAUCGUCGCUCAUGGCCGGAUCCUUCUGACUUUUCGGUGUCGCGGCCAUUGUUUUAUAAUAGUCUAAAGCUAGUUAAAAGUACUUUCAUACUGUCC